UUAGGGCCAGUGAAACAAUUCAGCUGACUCAUGAUGUAGCCACUUCAGACUAAUCUAAUGAUGAUAGUGAGAAUAGCACUAUGUUAUCAGUUGUUUGAUUGUUAUCAGCACCAGUGUCCACAGACCUGUAUGUCUAACCUUUGUUUCCUGACGUUGAGACGAGCCAGUGCUGAUGGGGACUCUCAGCAUUCUUCUCAGUGCUCUAGCAGUAGUCUACUCCCGUCGCAUCACGGACGAAUACAAGUGCUAUGCGGAAGAUGAGGAUCAGUAUCUAUACUUCGGCACAAAGACUUCUUAUGCUGUCAUGUUUAAAGAUUCUUUACCCCCCUUUCACAGUGAUGAAUGUUCACCACCUCUAAUGCUGUGGGAAAUGGUACGUCAUGGGACUCGUUUUCCAAUGUUUGAAGAGCACCGUCCUCUGAAGCUCUUGGUGGGACUAAGAAAUCGGAUUUUGCGGAAUCAUAAAAUAUUCACAAAUGUGGAGCUGUGUGAUCAGGACCGCCACAACCUGGGUAACUGGACUUUUGACUUUCUCAUCUCAGAGAACAACCGCCUCUCACCCAAGGCAAGCUUGAUAUGGAGUCACUGGCCAGGAGACAUCUGGAGAGGUAUCCAACGCUCUUUCAAAACUAUGAAGAAGAUAAGUUUCUGGUCAUUUCAGAUCACAGAGUCAGACCGAACUAACCAGAGUGCACAACAUUUUCUUAGAGCAUUAUUUCCAGAUGAAAGCAUUCCACAACCUGAACCAAACAACUCUCUUCUAAGGAGCUACAUGAACUGUAGCACCUGGUUGUUGGACUACGCAUCCAGCCGUGCCAUACGCCAAUAUAGUGAUGAGUUCCACAACUCUCUGCUCAUGAGUGAGCUGGUAGACCGUGUCAGUCGGCGACUUGGCUUCUUCUUCGAUAUACGGCCCAGUCAGGUGGAUGCCAUGUACAAAAUGUGUGCCUAUGACAAAGCAUACAAGCCUCAUGAGAUCUCUGCAUGGUGUGCUGCAUUCACUAAACAGGAGCUAAAGAUGCUGGAGUACCAGGAAGACCUGCUCUACUACUACAAGCACGGUUAUGGCAUGGAUAUUAACCUGAAGGUGGCCUGUCCUCUACUGCGGGACCUAAUUGUGCGGCUCAAUGAGUCCAUCACUCAAGGCAAGUCUGCCACACCAGUUGUCAUCUACUUCACUCACAACGGCAUGUUUGAGAGAUUCUUCGCAAGGUUGGGACUGCUCAACAGCUCAUCUCCUCCCACAGCUCAGUUUGACUUCAGUGAUAUCCGUGCCUGGAGGUUAGCCAAGUACAUCCCCUUUGCUGCUAACCUGGCCGUCACACUUCAUAAUUGUACAGGUGGAUACAAAGUAGCAAUAUACUUGAACGAGCGACCUCUACAGUUGGAGUUCUGUACGAAUGGACUAUGUGAGUGGCAGACUUUGUACGACAGAUUCCACACCCUGGUCGACAGCUCCACGUGUAACCUGGACGACUGUUAUGUGGGGACUGCAUCCCUUCCCACCCCUCUCUUCAUCGCCACUUCACUACUGCUCCUCAUCAUCCCCUUAGUGUAGCUUGUACAGAAAUAUACGAUUUGUAAUA